ACAUUUACUGUGAUGAGUUAUGCCUAUAAUUUGAUCCAUCAUUAUGCGGAACUAUUGCGUUUUCUACUACAGGUUGUAUGGAAGGAUUUACAGAGUGGACUCGACCCGGCUUCCUGCUUGACUUACAUCUCCAGGAAAGAACAACAGUGCAGGUGGAGGGAUGAGCCUCUUCCCUGUGAUUGGCACAGAUGUGCCGGAAGCAGCCAAUGGGGUGGAUACACCAGGCUCCCCUGGAUCCUGUAAUGUGAAUGGCCCGUACACCCACGCCCCUAAUACCCCUGCACAGCUCCUGAAGUUUGGGGGUAGGGUGCCCUGUCCUGGACAGGGAUCCCUUGAUGAGACUGAGAACUGUGUGGAUGGGGAGAGCGCAUGCGAUGGACAAGAGAACCCCAUAGACACUUCUCACAACUCCACAACCCAUUCAGACACACAGCAACACAGCGACAUGUUCCCAGCCCAUCCCUCCCUCCCCCUUGCCACAUGCACAGCAGACACAGAGCCAGACCCACACGAGCCCCCCAAAGACAUGUCCCUCACUGGACCCUCCCAAACAAGUAUGCCCCUAAACGAGACUCUGUCUGGAGACUGGCAGCACACAGGCACUCCAUCCAAAGACACAGCCCCAGAGGGGGACACUCACAGUGCAGAUAAAAAGCAGUCCGAGACAAAGCACACAAAGCCUUCUAGCUUCUGUGCUGUAGAAACCGAAGAGGAAAAGGAGGUGGAGGUGGAAGAGGAGGAGUGUGAAAAGGAUGGCAAGGAGCAGCAUGCAGGAAACACACAGGCUGAAGUCUCAGCUGAGCUUACAGAGGAGCCCUCGGCAGCAGCUCCCAGCCCCAGCUCUGUCCCAGCCGAGGGGGGGGAGUCGUCAGGCAACAGCCCUUGUCCGCCCCACGUCAUGGCCCAGGUGCGCGUGCGGAACGUCCCAGAGCGGGAGCGCAUCGUCCGGGGCAUGCAGGACAGCAAGAGCCUGGACGAGAUCAGCCAGGCAUGCAUCGGAGGGGCCCGGGGUGGGGGUCGGGGGGGCCAGCCAGAGGGCCGCAGGGCCACCAUCUCCUCUGCCCUGGAGCUGGAGGGAACAGUCAGCCACGACGGGGACCUGACCCACUUCAUCUGCCGCAACCUGGAGCAGAAGAUCAAGAUGAGCUCAAAGCCCAGCCUGGACUGUGACUGCGACUCGGACUGCUCGGGUUCCAUCAGCAGUAGAGGUCGUGGGUCGUCGUCGGGGCGGCCGGUUGACAUCCCUCCCAUCGACCCUGCUGUCUUGGUGGACCUGCAGAGACACACAGAGGAAGUCGCCCACAGUGUGGAGCUAAUGAUGCGCAGCCUCAACGGAACCAUCCAGAACAUGACAGCGCUGAGUGUGGGCUACAUCCAGACCUAUAGAGACUCUGUGGACAGCCUGGGGGAGUCUGUGGACAUGAGCAUAAAGGGAAUGUACACACUGAUGGCGCGCUGUGAGGAGCUGGACCGCUCUAUGCAGCCCAUCCACACUCUGGCCGCCCAGAUCCGGGACAUCAAGCGCACCCUGGAUGCCCUUGAGGCCAUCUGCAAGUAGCCCCCCCUCCCUGGAAACUCCUCCCCCAGAGAUCCUCUUCCACUGCAGACCCUUUUCUAACCUAACGACCACCCUCCCUCCAUAUCGCCCUCCUGGAAUCACUGCUACUAAUCAUGCUAGCUUCAUGGAUGAUCCGCUCCUCACCUCUCCCCAUGUAGACGUCAUGCUUCAAACCCCUCCCCCACUCUCUCGGCUAGGAGCCCCUCCCCCUGACAGAACUUGAAGGAAACGGAGCACUUGAUGCUUCUCUUAUUGCCGUCCGACCCACCUGGUUCAGAUUGUACUAACUGCUGCUGCCCACACGGGGGCACUCUCUCUCUCGUAUGGAGAGUGAGCUUCAGGAACAGAUGAGAUGGUUUAGAUGUUAGUCACUUCUUAGGCAGGUUGCUUAACCUAGUGAGACGAGACACAGGUGAGGGUGUGGGGGGUACAUAUGUCGUAUAAAUGGCAGUCCCUCCAGAUGUCAUGUUACGUACCUGUUACCAACCGAAAGCCAUUCCCUGCGGAGCUCUCCGAUCCCGAGAUAAUAUGUUGCGCUUUAGGAGACUGUGGUACCUUCUGUCAUUUUACAGGUUGGCUGGUAGGUAGGUACUAAGUAGGUAGGCCUGUUCUUGAUAUCGAACAUAUCUAUUUUGCCUAAAUAGUGUUUGCCAUGGUGGGAAGUUGUGGACAGCCGUUACAUGUAGCGUGCCGUUACUGGCUUGUACCAUGAAGGACUUGAAUGCUACCAGAUGUCACCAGAUCUGCUGAAGCCCCACCUAGACGAGAAGGCAGCACCCUCACACUGGAUAUACAGUGCCUUCGGAAAGUAUUCAGACCCCUUGACUUUUCCCACAUUUUGUUUUACGUUACAGCCUUAAUCUAGAAUUGAUAAUUUUCUCCUCAUCAAUCUACACACAAUACCCCAUAAUGACAAAGCAAAAACAGGUUUUUAGAAUUUCUUUCUAAUUUAAAAAAUACAAUUGAAGCACCUUUGGCAGCGAUUACAGCGUUGGGUCUUCUUGAGUAUAACGCUACAAGCUUGGCACACCUGUAUUUGGUGAGUUUCUCCCAUUCUUCUCUGCAGCUCCUCUCAAGCUCUGUCAGGUUGGAUGGAGAGAGUUGCUGCACCACUAUUUUCAGGUCUCUACAGAGAUGUUCGAUCGGGUUCAAGUCCGGGCUCUGCCUGGGCCACUCAAAGACAUUGAGAAAUGUCCGGAGGCCACUCAUGCGUUGUCUUGACUGUGUGCUUAGGGUCGUUGUCCUGCUGGAAGGUGAACCUUCACCCCGAGUGUGAGGUUCUGAGCGCUCUGGAGCAGGUUUUCAUUUAGGAUCACUUCUGUACUUUGCUCCGUUCAUCUUUGCCUCGAUCCUGACUGGUCUCUUAGUCCCUGCCGCUGAAAAACAUCCCCACAGCAUAAUGCUGCCACCACCAUGCAUCACCGUAGGGAUGGUGCCAGGUUUCCUCCAGACGUGACGCUUGGCAUUCAGCCCAAAGAGUUCAAUCUUGUUUUCAUCAGACCUGUCAUGUGUUUUUUUUUUACUGAGGAGAGGCUUCUGUCUGGCCACUACCACAAAGGCCUGAUUGGUGGAGUGCUGCAGAGAUGAUUGUCCUUCUGGAAGGUUCUCCCAUCUCCAUGGAGGAACUCUAGAGCUCUGUCAGUGGCUAUUGGUUUCUUGGUCACGUCCCUGACCAAGGCCUUUCUCUCCUGAUUGCUCAGUUUGGCUGGGUGGCCAGCUCUAGGAAGUCUUGGUGGUUCCACAAUUCUUCCAUUUAAGAAUGAUGGAGGCCACUGUGUUCUUGCGGGAUCUUCUUUGCUGCAGAAAUGUGUUGGUACCCUUCCCCAGAUCUGUGCCUCGACACAAUCCUGUCUCGGAGCUCUACGGACAAUUCCUUCGACCUCAUGGCAGGGUUUUUGCUCUGACGUGCACUGUCAAUUGUGGGACCUUAUAUAGACAGGUGUGUGCCUUUCCAAAUCACGUCCAAUCAAUUGAAUUAACCACAGGUGGACUCAAGGAUGAUCAAUGAAUACAGGAUGCACCUGAGCUCAAUUUUGAGUCUCAUAGAAAAGGGUCUGAAUACUUAUGUAAAUAUGGUAUUUCUGUUUUGUCAUUAUGGGAUAUUGUGUGUAGAUUGCUGAGUACUUAUAUUUAUGUAAUCCAUUUUAGAUUAAGACAACAAAAUGUGGCAAAAGUAAUGGGGUCUGAAUACUUUCCGAAGGUACUGGAAUGGAGGGAUGGGCUGUGGGACUAUAGACUUUGGGGGUGGCACAUGUUUGCCUGGGGAGGAAGAGAUGGCCUCCUCUCUAACUGCUCUUCAUCUCUGUACAAUCAAAAGCACCUCUGUACAUAUCUUUCUGUAACAAAGAAAUAAUUGAGCUGCCCUUCGUCCUGAGUGUAUAUUUUCAGAAGAUUAACACAAUAAAUUUACAUGAGCUGCAAAGAAUA